AGCGACUGUGUUCAGUUUCUCCACAUGUACAGCAGCAGCAGCAGCAGCAGCAGCACUGACGCUGAAGAUAAAACUGUGAAGUGUUUUUUGUGUACAGCGUUUUGACAUUUGUACGGGGAUAAACUGCAGCCGUGAGCUCAUGUGGGAUAAAAGAUGAAGAACCGCACUGGAUUUAAUAUAGAUCAAAGACUCAAACACAGAGUCCAGCAGUAUCUGAAAACACAUAAUGAUGCUUAUGUGGACAUCUCAUUGAUGGCCUCUGACCUUCAGCAGCAGUUUCGGAUGGAGUACGGCCGGAGGAACAGGACCGCUUUCAGGAUUCAGGUGGAAAAAGUUCAUGCAGCUAUAUGCAGCAAGUCUGAAAUCACUGCCCUGGAAAACAAUCAUUCGGCCAAAAGAGCGAGACACAGUCAAGAGGACGGGGAUGACAGUCACAUCACAGGAGACGGCACAGACAGUGAGGAUGAUAUUUCUGAACAUGAACACACAAAUCACAUGAACAGCUCGCUGGUGUCACUCUAUCAGAGAAGAAACGCUCACACGGCGAGCACAUUGACAGUGAAGAGCAAUGGUGUUGGCUGGAUCAUUGAUAAAACUGGAGACAGAGAACAGGACAACAUCUUCAUUGAUUUGUGUGAUGAGGAGGCCACCAGCACUGCGAAGCAGAAAGAUGCAUCAAAGCUGAAAGAGAAGAAAUCAAAGCAGGAAAAGUUGAAGAGAAUGGGGGAAAAAAAACAUGGAGAAAUGAAUGAUGUGGAUGCAGAAAUCAAUGCUGGAAUACUGGCCAAAAAGAGUAAGAACAGAGCCCCAGAACUUCAGUACUCAGCGGUGAAGUUUGAGGAUUUUGGAGGCAGUGAAGACACGCUAGCGGAGGUGUGUAAAUUGCUGAUCCAUAUGAGACAUCCAGAAGUGUACCAGCAGCUGGGAAUUGUGCCUCCUCGUGGAUUCCUGCUUCAUGGGCCCCCAGGAUGCGGGAAGACGCUGUUAGCUCAGGCAGUGGCCGGGGAGACAGGGCUGCCGAUGUUGAAGGUCUCUGCUCCAGAGCUGGUGUCAGGAGUCUCUGGAGAAUCGGAGCAGAAACUGCGGGAACUUUUUGAGCAAGCCAUAAACAGUGCUCCCUGUAUCCUCUUCAUUGAUGAGAUUGAUGCCAUCACGCCAAAACGAGAGGUCGCCUCUAAAGACAUGGAGAGGAGAAUCGUCGCUCAGCUACUCACCUGCAUGGACGACCUCAAUUCAUUAUCAGAACCAGCUCAGGUGUUGGUUAUUGGAGCCACUAACCGUCCAGACUCGUUGGAUCCAGCCCUGCGUAGAGCGGGCAGGUUUGACCGAGAGAUCUGUCUUGGGAUUCCUGACGAGGGUGCACGGCUAAAGAUUCUGAGGACACUUUGUCGGAAAAUCAAGCUGCCAGAGGAUUUUGACUACAGGCAGUUGGCGCGUCUCACACCAGGUUAUGUGGGGGCAGAUUUAAUGGCGUUGUGUCGAGAGGCGGCUAUGACUGCUGUCAACAGAAUCCUGCUGGAGCAGACCAGUGAAGAAGUCACAUCGCCGGUACUGAAGGUGGAGCUGGUGCAACUGUUGACUUUGUUAAAGAAGAACGAGUCUUUGACCGAAGAACAGCUAGCUGGACUCUGUGUCGUCAUGUCAGACUUCAAGACGUCGUUGGCCAGAGUUCAGCCUUCUGCAAAACGCGAAGGCUUCGCCACUGUACCGGACGUCACCUGGGAAGAUGUGGGCGCACUGCAGGACAUUCGAGAGGAGCUCAACAUGGCCAUCAUGGCCCCCAUCCAUAAUCCAGAGCAUUUCAGGGCUCUCGGUCUCUACACCCCCUCUGGAGUGAUGCUAGCUGGACCGCCCGGAUGUGGAAAGACCCUAUUAGCAAAAGCUGUUGCUAAUGAGUCUGGCUUAAACUUCAUCUCUGUCAAGGGUCCAGAGUUACUCAACAUGUAUGUGGGAGAGAGCGAGCGAGCGGUCCGUCAAGUGUUUCAGAGAGGUCGUAACUCUGCCCCCUGCGUCGUCUUCUUUGAUGAGAUUGAUGCACUUUGUCCUCGCCGCUCAGAACAUGAGUCAGGAUCUAGCAUCCGUGUUGUAAAUCAGCUGCUGACAGAGAUGGACGGCGUUGAGAAUCGUCAACAGGUUUUCAUCAUGGCUGCCACUAAUAGACCAGAUAUUAUUGAUCCUGCUGUGCUUAGACCAGGACGCUUGGACAAAACUCUUUAUGUGGGUUUACCCCCACCUGCAGACAGACAUGCCAUAUUAGUCACUAUUACUAAGAAUGGCAGUAAACCCCGUCUAGGUUCAGAUGUCAAUCUAGAGGAAAUUGCACUUGAUGCACGCUGUGACAGUUUUACAGGUGCAGAUCUGUCAGCGCUGGUGCGAGAAGCAUGUGUGAACGCUCUGAGAGUUCAUCUGAGCACUCAACCAUCACAAACACACACAGAGCCAGUGGAAGACAUUAGGGUUAGCAGAGUUCACUUUGAAGAUGCCUUUAAGAAGGUGCGGCCAUCUGUGUCUAAGAAGGACCAACUGAUGUACGAAAAACUGAAAGACUCCCUCACAAGAUAACAACAUCACUAAUUAAUGAGAUUCCAACAAGCAGAAAUAAAAAGAAAAUGAAUACCAA